AUGCCCGCGUACAACGGCGGGCUACCGUCGCAGACGCGCGACUCCCUCGAGCUCGCCUCCCUCGCCUCCUCUAGCGUCAUGCACGACAACGGCGGCGGCACUGGCAAUGCCGACUCCCCGUCGGACCUCUCCUCGCGGCCCAGCAUCUCUUCCUCGCGUCGCCUUUCACUCGUCGAGGAAGAAGACCCAUUCGACAACGACAAUCCCGCCGCGCACGGCGCCGCCAGUACGCGUCUCGGCCGAUCCUACUCAGUCUCUUCCACAUUUGAUUUCGCUGCCAACCUAUUUCCGCUCUCCUCGACAGCUGGUGGCGGAUACGCGCCGAUCGGGGCGCCCACGUCCUCGGGGCGUCGUCGUGGGGGCGGGCUCGGUGGUGGCUCGCUCGAAAAACACAAAACGCUCACCUACCUCAACGGCCUGUCGCUGAUUGUGGGGCUUAUCAUCGGCUCCGGCAUCUUCUCCUCGCCCAGCCAGGUGAGCUCGCGCGUCGGGUCGGCGGGUGCAGGCCUUGUCGUGUGGGUAGUAGCCGGCGUGCUGGCCUGGACGGGUGGUGCCUCGUACGCGGAGCUUGGAGGUGCCAUCCCCCUCAACGGUGGCGCGCAAAUCUACCUGGCCAAGACGUUUGGCGAGCUCGCGGGGUUUCUGUUUACGUGGUCGGCUGUGCUGGUGCUCAAGCCAGGCAGCGCCGCCAUCAUUGCCAUCAUCAUGGGCGAGUAUCUGGUGCGCGCCGCCAUUGGCGCCGAGGCCGAGACGGUGAGCCCUUGGAUCAGCAAGGGCGUCGCACUCUUGGGCAUCCUGUCCGUGACGCUACUGAAUUGUGUCUCUACCCGCGUUGGGACUAGGGUCAACGACUUGCUCAUGUUUCUCAAGUUUGUGGCGCUGAUCUUCAUCACGGUGACGGGCAUCGUCGUCGGCAUCACGGGUCACACCCUGACGGGCGAGCCCACGCUCGAAUGGAAAAAACACGACUGGUUUGAGGGAACAACGACCGACCUGUCGGCGUGGGCUCUCGCCCUGUAUGCUGGGCUCUGGGCCUUUGACGGCUGGGACAAUACUAACUACGUCGUCGGUGAAUUUCGCAAUCCCAGCCGCGACCUCCCGCGCGUCAUCCACACAGCCAUGCCGCUCGUCAUCCUCUGCUACGUCCUCGCCAACAUUGCCUAUUUCCUCGUGCUGCCGCUGCCUGCCAUCAAUGGCUCCAACACCGUCGCCGUGCUCUUUGGCUCGCGCGUCUUUGGACCCGCCGGCGCUUUGGUUAUUGCCAUCAUUGUCAGCUUCAGCUGCUUUGGCGCCCUCAACUCGUCCACCUUUACCGCCGGCCGUCUCAUCUACGUUGCUGGCAAGGAGGGCUACAUUCCGACCGUCUUUGGCCGCAUCGGCUUUGGUGACCGUAUGCUUGAGGAUUCGCUCUCGACGCAGCGCACCCGCUCCUGGCUCACCAAGAAGCUACGAAGCUGCGUCGGCGACGAGGACACGGGUUUGUUUUACACGCCCGUGUACGCGCUGCUGCUCAACUGCGCCCUCACUGCGGCGUACUGCGUCGGCGGCGAGUUUGCCACGCUCGUCACGUUUUACGGCGUCGCCGGCUACACGUUUUACUUUCUCACUGUCCUCGGCCUCAUAAUACUGCGCGUCCGCGAACCCAACCUCGAGCGCCCGUACAAGACGUGGAUCACGACGCCCAUUAUUUUUUGCUGCGUGAGCCUGUUUCUACUCAGUCGUGCGGUGUUUGCGCAGCCGCUGCAGACAUUGCUAGUGGUGGGCUUCGUGCUGGCCGGCGUGCCCGUGUUUUUCCUGCGCGUGCAUGGGCGAGAUCGCAAAGGCAUGGGCGAGCGUGACAAGAAGUGGUGGCAGUUUUGGAAAUAG